UCUCUACUCUGUACUCCCUCAAGUUUCGAAUGGAAUAGUAAUGAUCAAUUUGUUUUCUUAUUGAAGUCAGUUGACCUCAACUGAAUUCAGCUAUAUAGUUGAUUGAUUUAGUGAGGAACUUGGAAUAUGGAAACUGAAAUGCCAGCUGAUCGGCAUUUUUCUCGAGUAGAUACUUUAGAGUUGAAAUCUCUAAUCGAAAGGAAGAUUGGUCGUAAUAAUGCGGAGAGAUACUGCGAUCUGCUUUCCAGAUUUUUAAGUCUUAAGAUCGAAAAACCUGAGUUCAAUAGGCUCUGCAUUGAUACAAUAGGGCGAGAAAAUGUUCAUCUUCAUAAUCACCUCCUCAGAUCAGUUAUUAGAAAUGCUUCACUCUCAAAGACUCCUCCAGCAAAAGAGAACAAAUUGGAAAGCUCUUCAAGUGUUAAAUUGGCAACCAGAUUUCCAAGAAGAAAUCUUCAGUCACUGUGCAAAGGCAUUUCUCAAUCCCUUCUUAAAGUCCGGACACUAAAUCUUCGAGACCGCAAGUUGAGGGACCGCCCAAGUCCUUUAGGGCCUCAUGGGAAGAACAAUAGUACUGUCUGUGAAGAUGCGCCUCCUAAAGUUCAUGAACAGAGUGCUACUGAAUUGCUUUCAUUGAGUAGCCGACCGCCUGGUUCUGUGGAGGAUGGAGAAGAGGUUAACCAAGCUUCAGGAAGUCCAAGCAUUCAGAGUAGGAGUCCCGUUAGAGCCCCGCGUGGCAUCUCUUUUAAUGCUAAAGGAAUGCGGAGAGUUCCUUGGAACGGGUUGGAAUCUGCUCCUGAGACUUGCUAUUGCAGAGGUGAACUGCCUGAUAGCAGUUCUUUGAGAAAGAGGUUGGAAUUGGAGGGAUUAAGCAUCUCAGUAGAUUGUGCUGAUGUGUUGAACAUUAGUCUUGAUGUCUUCUUGAAGAGAUUGUUAACACCAUGCUUGGAACUAGCUGGUUCGAGAUCUAGAGAAAAACUUAUCGAGCAAGGUCUUAGUUGGUCCAUUGCCUCUUUGAAUGGGAUGCAACAUGUGAAAUUUGCCAAACAACAAAGUCGGCACAUUUCUACAUCGGUGUUAGACAUUCAAGUCACAAUGGAGCUAAAUCCCCUCAUUCUUGGAGUAGACUGGCCAACACAACUUGAGAAGAUUUCCCUGCUUGCCUCAGAAGAGUGAACGAUGACUUGAAUUGGAUCAGGUUCUGUCUCGGGCAAUUUUGCGACAUUUCAAUUAUGAAGUCCAUUCUAGCUUGGAUCUUGGUUGUACCAUUUUUAUAUAACAGAUGAAGUAAAUAAUUAUAAAGGCUACAAGGGUUUCAGGUCAAUCUGAUUAGAUUAUAUAAGGUCAAGGCAUUGAUCCACGAGGCGUGCAACUAUAUCGACACUUUGUAGGAAUCUACUAGCACGAACAGGUUAUCAAAUAUCUCACUCUGAUGUCUAUAGUUUUCUGUUUGCUUUAUUGAACACUUAUUUUUUUAAUAAUGAAGGCGAUCUUUGAGUUUUUGGGCCUGCUAUUGUUGAUCUAGUCAUUUGAGCUUUAAUCAUCUACUAUACGCUUUUCAUCUGAUAUGACCAAUUAUUUUCGGUUUGUUUACUUACAGUCGUGCAAUAAUAAACUCAUUUAUGUAGUGACAUUUUUGGUGUUGCAUGGAUAUAAAUGUGUUUCCUCCCUUAUAUCGGACCGUACCAGUAGUCUGAAAAUCAUUUGUUUCAAAGGAGCUGUAUAUCCUACAUGAGAUUGAAUGCUUUUCACUUAUUUUCUUCUGCUUGCCCCUUCUAUG